AUGGGCGGAGGUGAAUGUUUUGGAGAAGCUGGACAGUUGUUCAGUGGGAGCCUCUUCGUCUCGGGAGUCCAAGGCCAUGUCAAGUCGCUCUGGGGGCCCUAUCGCACCAAGCGCAGCAAGGCAUUCGAUAUUGACGUCGUCUUCCCCCCUGUCGCAGUCGAAGAAGUUACAGAGGCCGUCGAGGUGUCCGAGUCCAGCGAGAAGAACCGUGGCCCAGACCUCGUCUACAUUGCGCAAUUCCGACCGGAAAAGAACCAUCGACUGAUUCUCGAAGCAUUUGCCUCAUUUCUACAUUCCAAGGUGGAACUUCCCGCAUACUCUAAUGAAACCCCUAAGCUAGUGCUAAUAGGAUCGGUGCGCAACUCGCAUGACGACGCCAAACGAGUCUACCAGCUGCGCCUCCUGGCGCAUGAGUUGAACAUCAAGGAUAACGUAGAAUUCAUUUGCGACGCGCCGUGGCCCCUGAUGCUCGAACGGAUGCGCACAUCAAGCGUAGGCGUCAACGCCAUGUGGAACGAGCACUUUGGCAUCGGCGUCGUCGAGUACCAAGCCGCAGGCAUGAUUGCCGUCGUAAACAAUUCCGGCGGCCCAAAGCUUGACAUUGUGGUCGACGUGGACGGAAAGCCUACUGGCUUCCAUGCUAGCACGGCCCAAGAAUAUGCAGAAGGCUUCCGAAAAGCGCUCACGCUUUCGCCACAGGAGACGCUGGACAUGCGGCGCCGAGCCCGCCGGUCUGCUGAGCGCUUUACCGAUAAGACGUUUGCGGACAAGUGGCUUGGGAAUGCGGAGAAGCUGGUUGCGCUGCAGAUCAAGAGGACGUCCAAGUGA